AGAAAAAGAGAGAAGAAACGUGGAGAGGGGGAGAGACAUUGAAGGGGAGGGGGAGAUCAGUUGAGGGUAAGCGAAGGAAGGAAGGAGAAAGAGAGGGAUAAAUAAAAAGGGAGGGAGAGGGAUAGAGGGGGAGGUGAGAUGGAUCCAUAAUUGACUGGAGAAAUGGCUGAGCCUGAGGAGGAAAACAUUCAAAAACAGAUAGAUGAGAUAGAAGCUGUGUCAUCCAUCUAUGAAGAAAACUGGACUGUUGUCGAUGAGGCAGCGAGGAUAUUUUGCAUCGGAAUCGUUGACCAAGAACCAAAAUGGACCAUUAGUCUCCAGGUAACGCUCCCUCCAGAAUAUCCCACUGCGGCACCACCAGUCUAUCAGUUGAAUGCUCCUUGGCUGAGAGGACAUGAGCGAGCAGCACUCUCUAACGACCUGGAAGAAAUCUACCUGCAAAAUUCAGGAGAGUGCCUCCUGUUCCUGUGGAUACAAAAGAUUCAGGAGUUUCUGCAGCUGAAAGCUCGGUCAAAUGGUGCAGCUCAACAUGGAGACAAGGGGACGGACGAGGCCAAAGCGGAACAUCGGGCAAGUUCAAUUUCCAUUCAUUCGCCUUCUCGACAUGUUUCACUGAGCGGAGCCCAUUGCCAAAGCACAGAUGAUGAAGACCUUCCCACAAUGGUCCACGGGGACCCUCUGACAGAUCGGAGGAGCACGUUCCAGGCCCACCUCGCCCCUGUGGUGACAUUGAAACAGGUGAAAAUGCAUCUUCAGAAGCUGUAUCAGAACAAGAAGAUUGCUGGCGCCACACACAACAUCUACGCUUACCGGAUAUAUUGUGAAGACAAGAGGACCUUCAUUCAGGACUGUGAAGAUGAUGGUGAGACGGCAGCCGGAGGCCGGAUGCUCCAUCUUAUGCAGAUUUUGGACGUGCGUAACGUGAUGGUAGUGGUGUCGAGGUGGUACGGGGGAAUUCAGCUGGGGCCCGAUCGGUUUAAGCACAUCAACAACUGCGCCAGGAACCUGCUCAUUGAAGAGGGUUACAACGAACCAGUGGGGGAAGUUUCAAAGAUGCCCGUAAAGAGAAAAAACCCAAAGAACAAGAAAGGAAAAUGAGCAGAGGCUGCAACAUCAGUGUUUUACAGAGAAUGGCUAAGAAUGAGAUCAACCAAUGGACCUGGGCCAACUAUCCUAUUUCAAAAUCAAAAGGAACUAUGAUUAAAUAAGCUCACU